AAACAAAAUGGCCACCAUUUUACGAGUGAACCUUAAUUUUAAGCUUAUAAAAAAAUUAAACAUAAUAUUGUGUUAUUUAAUUAAAUAAAAUAAAAAGUUUAUUUCUUUUUUUUUUAUAUAGAAUAAAAAAAAAAGAAGCUUGUGUGUAUUUUUUAAUUAAUUUCAGUGGCAAAAAUGUAGUCGCAUUGGCAGCCAUUAUUACACAUUAUUAUUAAAAAAAAAGUCAUGUGCAAUGUGUGUGCAUUUAUUGACAGAAGGGGAAAAGUGGGAAUGACUGGGGAACACUUGGCAAGAGAGGAGAGAGAGAAACUGGAACAGCCAGUUUGUCGUUGUGUAUAUUCACUUGAAUAAAAUUGUUUUAUUUUUUUUUUUUUUUUAGAUUCAAUAUAAAAAAAAUCUAAAUUAACAUUAAAAAACUAAAACAAAGUAAAUUAAUUAUUGUAUUUAACAUACAAUAAAUUCAUUUAAUCAAUAUUUUCAUGAAACUAAUUAAUAAAAAAAAGUUUGUGUACAUGGAGCCUGUUGAACGAUAAAUGAAAAUGCUGGCUGACGAUCCACCAUAUCUGUCGGAGGGCACAGAGGUGAGUGCUAAAUACAAGGGUGCAUUUUGUGAGGCUAAAAUACGAGAAGUUGUACGUUCUGUCAAAUGUCGUGUAACAUACAAACAAGGUUUGGGUACAGCAACUGUUGCUGAUGAUCAAAUAAAAGGUACAUUACGUGUUGGUUUAUCAGUUGAAGCACGUCAUGCUGAUAGAAGAGAAUAUGUUGAAGCAACAAUAACUAAAAUACAAGAUUGUAGUCAAUAUACUGUUGUAUUUGAUGAUGGUGAUAUAACAACAUUAAGAAGAACAGCAUUAUGUCUUAAAAGUGGUAGACAUUUUGCUGAAAGUGAAACAUUAGAUCAGUUACCAUUAACACAUCCAGAACAUUUUGGUAAUCCAGUUAUUGGUGGUAGACGUGGUAGAAGAUCACGUCAAACACAAGAUGACAGUAGUGAAGAUGAUGAAAGUCCACCACGUGGUAGUCCAUCUUGUUCAACUGGUGGUGGUAAAGAGGGCAAUGAAACUGAGCCAGAAAUUGGUAGAGUUGUUUGUGUUGAACUUGGUGAUAAAAAGAAAAAAGAUAAUUGGUUUCCAGGUCUUGUUGUUGCACCAACAGCACAAGAUACUGUUAGAAUACGUGUACGUGAUGAUUAUCUUGUUAGAUCAUUUAAAGAUGCACGUUAUUAUACUGUACCAAAAAAAGAAACAAUACAAUUUACAAAAGAACAUGGUAUUAAAAUUGAUAAUAGUGGAUUAAAAGUUGCUGUUGAUAGAGCAUUAUUAUUUAUUGAAAAAAAUGAAUUACCACCACAUUGGGAUAGAGAUUCAUUAUUUGGUAAUUCAUUAUCAAGUGAAAAUAGUGAUACAGAUAAUGAUUUAGAUUCAGAUAGUUCUGAUGAUGAACCACGUGAAGAAAAAGAUCAUUUUGUUGCACAAUUAUAUAAAUUUAUGGAUGAUAGAGGUACACCAAUUAAUAAUUGUCCAAUGAUUGGAAAUGAAGAUAUUGAUCUUUAUCGUUUAUUUCGUGCUGUUUAUAAACUAGGUGGUUAUAAUCGUGUUACAAAUCAAAAUCAAUGGAAAUCAAUAACAAGAAGACUUGGUUUAACAAUACAACCAAAUCAAUCAACACAUAAUCUUGUUAAACAAGCAUAUAAAAAAUUUUUACAUUCAUUUGAAGAAUUUUAUAGGAAACUUGGUUGUACAAUGGUUAAUCAUCCACGCGGUACAACAAGAAAACAAAGACCAGGUCGUAGUUUAAUACGUGAUAAAGAUCGUAAUACACCAGUACCAACAACAUCACAAAUGAUUAAAACUGAAAGAGAUAAGACUGAUACUGAUGAUGAUAAUAAAAAAUUAAUUGAUGAUGAUAAAAUUAAACAAGAACAUUCAAAGACAAAUGUUAAUAUUAUUUCACAGCCAUCAUCAUCAUCAUCAUCGACAGCAGCAACAAUACCAACAACACCAACAGUAAUAACAACAACAACAACAGCAACGAUAACAACAACAACAACUUCAGUAGCAGCAUCAACAGUUACAGUAACAGCAACAGCAGUACCAUCUUCAUCUUUACCAUUGUCAACAACACAAUUAACACAAGCACAAGUUACACCAAUAUCAACACAAGCACAAGCACAAACACCAACAUCACUACCAUCACCUUUAGUAACAGCAACAACAUUACCAAGUACUAUCACACCAGUAGUAGCAACUACUACAGCAACAACUGUACUAACACCUACAUUGACAUCAACAACAAUAACACCCACAACAACAGCAUCAUCAACGUUACCAUUACCAUCAUCACUAACAUCGUCAUCAACGACAGUGACAGCGACGAUGACAACGAUACCAAUGACAACGACAUCAUCAUCAACAACAAUAACAACAACAUCAACGACAAUUCCAUCACGUGACGUAUCAAUAAAAGAUGAAGAAUCAACUGCAAAAUCAGUUAUUAAAAAAAAAGAAAUAAUUGAAGAAUCAGCAAGUGGACAAGAGAGUGAUGUUAAUAUUGAAGGUGAAAGUGCUGAAUCAUCAAGUAGUGAAAAAUCACAAAAACCAUUAGCACGAUUUACACCAGUACCAUCAAAUCGUAUAAAAACAUCAACAAAAAUAAAAGAUGAAACAAAUAAUAAAAAAAAAUCACAUGAUAAAAGAAAAUUAGAAAAUAAUAAUUCAUCAUCAUCUUCGUCAUCAUCUUCUUCAUCAUCAUCAUCAUCGUCAUCAUCAAGUUGUAGUGUAAAAACAACAACAGCCACAGCAACAACAACAACAACAACAACAACAGCAACAACAACAACAACAAGUGUAAUUAAAAAAGAAUCAGGUAAAAAAAAUACUGGUGAUGAUGAAAUAACAAAAACACGUAGUACUAGUAAUAAUAGUAAUAAUAAUAAUAAUAAUAAAAUAAAAGAUUCAAGAGAAACACGUACACCAUCACGUGAACCAGAUAAAACACGUGGUGGUAAUACAACUAAACAACGUCGUUUAACUGAUGAUGAAAUUAAAAAACAACAAAGAGGUAGAAAAAAACGUGAAGAUAUUAAUGAUAAGCAACGUUGUGAUAAAGAUGAUAAUAGUGGUAAUGAUAUUUCAGCACCACAUUAUAAAGGACCAAUAGAAUGUGGUGAUCGUUUACAAGUAUAUUAUACACAGGAUCCAAAAUUAACAUAUGAAGCUAAAGUUAUUGAUUCAAAAGUUCUUAAAAGUGGUGAAACUGAUUAUCUUGUACAUUAUACUGGUUGGAAUACACGUUAUGAUGAAUGGAUUAAAGCAUCAAGAAUUGCUCAAAAUGUAACACAAACACGUGUUAAACGUACAAAAACAACAUCACGACCACAAACACCAAGCACAAAUAAUAAUAAAACUAAUAGUAAUAAUAAAACAACAUUAGCAACAUCAUCCACAACAACAACAGCAACAGCAGCAGCACUUAUAACAACAACUGCAACAACAUCAACAAGUAAAAAAAAAUCACAGAGUGUUACACCAUCAUCAAAUAAAAAUUCAUCAUCAUCAUCAUCAAAUACAUUAUCAAACGCAACAACAGCAUCAUCAUCUUCAUCGUCAUCAUCUUCAUCAUCAUCAUCGUUGACAGCAACAGCAACAGCAACAACAACAACAACAACAACAACAGCAGCAUCAACAUCAUCAAAAGAUAAAGAAAAAGAUACAACAUCACAACCAAUGCGAUCAACAACACCAUUGUCUGUUGCAAGUUCAAGUUCACGUACAAAAAGUCCAGCAACACCAGCAAGUAGUAGACCAACAAGAAAUACAACACGUAAUGUUGAAAAUAUUGGUAUUGAAUUACGUAGAAGAACACGUAGAACAUCUGGACAUACAGAUUUAUCAGUUGUAAGUGAAAGUGAAGAUAGUGAUGCUUAUGAAACUGAUACAACUGAACCAGAACGUGCUAGAACACGUUCACGUGGUACUGAAGAACGUCGUCGUCGUGAAGUUAGAAGAAGAGUUGAAGAUCGUAUUAAACCAGAUGAAAAUAGUGAAGUUGAUGAUGAUAAAGAUGAAGAAGAAGUAUUACCAAGAAGAACAAGACGUGUAUUACGACGUACUGUUAUAAAACAACAUGAUAUUAAAUCUGAAGCUGAAAGUUGUGGUAAUGCUGAUGAAACAGAUGAUAUUGAUGAUGAUGAUGAUAAUGAUGAUAAUGAUAACGAUAAUGAUAAUGACAAUGAUGAUAAUAAUGAUAAUGAAAAAGAUGAAUUAACAAAAUCAUCAACAACAACAACAGCUACAAUUGCAACUCCAGCUACAACAACAAUAACAACUUCAUUAACAGCAUCAUCAACAACAACAAUAACAACAACAACAGUCGAACAAUGUACAACGAGUUUAGAUGAACCACCAAAAGGACGUGAUUUUGAUCUUAAUCAAAUACGUUCUGAGCUUAAAGGUUUUGAUAAAGCUGUUAAAAUGGAAGUUUUACAUGUUGAACCAGAAAAUUCUGGUGAUGAAGAUAUGAAACCAAAAAUUAAUGAAAUUGAAAUUAAUAAAAAAGAUAUUAAAAUUGAAAAAGAUAAUAUUAAAAAACAACAACAAGAUGAUAUUAAAAUAAAAAUUGAAGAUACAAUAAUAAAAGAUAUUAAAUGUGAAACAAAAAAAAUAAUUGAUAAUAAUAUUAAAUUAAUAACACCAGUACCAUUAUUACCAACAACAACAACAACUGAAGAUGUUUAUGAAUUUAAAGAACCAGAACCAUUUGAAUUUGAAGUACGUAAUAAACGUGAUUCUGGUGGUAGUAGUAGUGGUGGCGGUGUUGGUGGUGGUGGUGGUGGUGGUGGUGGUGAUAAAGAUAAAUCAAUUAUUAAAAAACGUGUUUUUGAUGAAGAACCAAAAAGUCCAAAGAAAAAACAAAAAAUUGCAAUAAGUCCAAAAGAUAAAGAUAUUAAAAAUGAUACAUCAUUAUUAUCAACAUCAAUAUCAACUCCAAUUGCUAGUGUUGGUGAUAUUGAGCCAAAAAGAAAAAUAAGAAGAUCAUUAAUUAAAAAAAUUGAUGAAAAUCUUGAGAGUUUUAGUCCAACAAAAACAAUCAUAGCAUCAAAAGAUAAUGAAAAAAUUAAUGAACCAUCAAUUGUUGUUCCACCAAAAUCAUUGGUAUCAUCACAAAUUGUUGCUCCAAUUGUUGAUGAUAAAUCAUCAUCAUCAGUAUUAACACCGGUAUUUAUUGAAGCUCCAAAGAAAGAUGAUAAAUUAUUUGAUAAAAAUGAAAUUGAAAAUAAAACAACAGAAAAAGAAAUUGAAAAAUUAUCAACACAUCAAGAAAUAUCAUCAACAACACCAUCUACAACACCAUCAACAACAAUAACAAUAACAACAACAACAACAACAACAACAACAGCUAAAAAAAUAUUAUUAAAAAAAAUAGAAACAAAUGUUAAAGAAGAUAUUGUUGUAGAAACGAAAAAAGACAAAGAAAAAUUACCUAUUGUGCCAAAAAUAAUAGAUACACCAUCAAUUGUAUCAAAAAUUGUGAUACCAGGACCAAGAAUUGCUCCAACAAUUGAAAGAAAAAUAUUAGAGGCAAAAGCAUCAAGUGUUAUAUCAUUAUCAACUGGUGCAACAAUGAUGACAACAGUAUCAUCACCAAUAAUACCAGCACCAAUAUCAACACGUUUACCAGCAACAUCAUCAAUUGAAGAAAAAUUAUCAGCAGCAUUUAGACAAUCUAAAACAAAAGAUUUAAAACGUGAUGACGAUAAUAUUGAAAUUAAAAGAAAUAUUAAAGACAAUAGUAGUAAUAAAAAAACAGAAACAAUAACAAAUAGAAAAACUAAAAUAAUUGAAAGUUUAAGAAAAAUUGAAAUUGAAAAGAAAAAAGAACAAGAAGAAGCUGCUGCUGCUGCUGCUCUUGCUGCCGCUGCUUCAGCCACUGCAGCAGCAACAGCAGCUGCAGCUCUUGUAAAACAACAACAACAUCAACAACAACAAGAAGAACGUUGUAAAGAAACACUAAGACUUGCAAUUAAGAAAAAAGAAGAAUAUGACAAUGAAUUAUUAAAGUUACAAAAAAAAACAGAAAUUAAAAAAUCAAUUGAUAAUAGAAAAAUUAUUGAUAAACAUACAAAUGAUGAUUGGAAGAAAAAAAUUGAUCAAGAUAUUGAAUCAUCAAAAGAAACUGAUAGAAAAAGAAAAAAAAUUAUAAGUCAAGAAUUUGUUGAUUCAACUGAUUCAAGUGAUUCUGAAGAAAAAUUAGUUAUUGAUAAUUCAGAUAAUCAAGAUGAUAAUAAAUUUAAUAAUACAAAUAAAAAUAUACGUAAUGAAACAAUAUCAUUUGAAAUGAAAUUAAAAACAGAAUUAAAUAUUAUUAAACAAAAUAAUCAAUCACAACAAUCAUCAUCAUCAUUAAAUGAUACAAAAACAAAUAUUGUUACUGUUAAAGUUGAAGAAGAAAGUGAAAAUAUGAAUUUAUUACUUUGUGAAGAAGAAAUACCAGGUUCGCCAGCACCAAUAAUUGAAGUAUCUGAGCAUGAUACAAAUAUUGAUCGUACAAUAAGAAAAGAUGAUGUUCAUGAUAAAAAAAUAUUACUAUUAGAAAUGCCAUUUGCGAGUGCACCAUCAUCAUCUGGUGGACAAAGUACAAUUCAAACUUCAACUUCAAAUGUUUCAAAUAAUUGUCAAGUACCAAUGACAACUAUUCAACAAAAUAUUAUACCUGAACAGCCUAAAAUUGUUCAGCCAGUACCAGUACUUGCACCACCGCCACCACCACCACCACCACCUCCGCCUCCACCAACUCCACCACAUUCAGCUCCAACACCAUCAUCAUCAUCAUCAUCAUCAUCAACAGCAGCAGCAGCAGCAGCAGCAGCUGCAAUAGCAACUGUAGUACCGUCAUCAUCAUCAUCAUCAUCAUCAUUAUCAUCAGUACUAGUACCAGCAGCAGUAGCAGCUGUUAUUCAACAACCAUUAAAUCGUCGCGAAAGUAAUGAAGCUGCACCUGUUAUGGAAAAUACACCACCAACAACACCAGAUUCAUUAAUAUCAAAUAUAUCUGGUUCACCAAGAACUGAAGAACAAAGUGGUACUGGUUCACCAUUAUCUGAUGAUAAUACAAAAGCAAAUCGUGAUAGUUUUGAAGCUGAUAAUGAUAGUAUUGGUGGUAAAGCACAAUCUGGUUAUAGUGAAGAUGAUACAUCAUUAAAUAAUGAAGCCGGGAAUGCAAUGCAAAAAAUUCAAAAAGCUGUUAAACGACCAAUUGAAGAUUCAACAUCACCUAAAAAGAAAAAACGUAAUCGUAAAAAUUCUGAAUGUAGUAAUACUGGUAGUAAAAAACAUACACUACGACAAAGUACAAGACAAACAAGACAUGGCAAUAAUGCUGGAAGUGAUAGUGAUGAUAAUAGUGAGAGUUCCAAUUUAACAAUUGGUAGCAAUACAAUUAUAACACCAAUGAUUAAUAUCAAUGGUUUAAAUGAUAUUACUAAUUCAUCGAGAUCACCAAAACCAACAAAAUAUAAUUUUUAUGUUGAACUUGAUUCUGAACUUGAUGGCUGUCAAAGAAUAGCAAUACUUCAACAAAAAUUAACAGAUUUAAAAACUACAUAUAAUGCAGUUAAAUUAGAACUUUCAGGAAUUGAAAGAAGAAGAAAAAAAUUACGAAGACGUGAACGUGAAGGUAGAUUAAAACGUAAAAAAGCCGAAAAAGAAAAAUCUAAAAUUGUCAACAUCAGUACUUGAAUAUUUAAAAAAGAUUUUUUUAUUUUUUUCUUAUUGAUAUUUAUUUUAUUUUAAUUUUUUUAAAUUUUUUUCUUUCGUUUUAUUUAUUUAUUAUUUUUUUUUUUAUUUUUUGUUUAUAAAAAAUUUUAUUGCAGCAAUGAAGGAAGCUAAAGCAGAGAUGCAACAGGCCUGUUCUUGAUGGAGAAAAAUUUAAAAAAAAAAAAAUAAAAUUGUUUUAUACAAUUUUUAUAAAAUCAGCCAAUGUUUUUUAUCAAAAAAAAAAAAAAAGAAAAAUAUGCAAUUUGAUGGAGGUGAAUCAGUUCUGAUGUCUAUCAGUACUCAAUUGUUUUUUUUUUUUUUUAUAUAUAUAUAUGUCAAAUAUCGU